AUGCUCUUCUUCAAGAAAGCCGUUGUCUCUGCCCUGGCUCUUCUCGCAGCCCCAUCCAUUGCAGCUCUCACACCGGCCCAGAUGGUUGGAAAUAUUGAAAUGCUGACAACCAAGUCUAAGGCACUUCAGAACCCAGCCAAUUCUAUCACCCUCGUAAACGGCCCGCUUAUCGUAAUUGGCUUGGGUCCUUUCCCACAAAUCAUUGCUGGAUUUACCGAAAUUGUGACUAUUACAUCUACUGCCAUCACUCAGAUGCAAGGUAGUGCCGUCAUUACCAACCCCACUGAUGCGAAGGCCAUCGCCGAUGCCUUCCGAAAGUUUGUCGAAGUCCACCAAGUCCUUCUUAAUAUCCUGAUCGGAAAGGCUGGACUUUUCAAUACUGUUCCAAUCAUUGGAACACCCGUUGCUGCUGUUCUCCGAUCCCUGGAAGCUGUCGUAGAUACCGUUGCUCUUAGAAUAAUUGAUACAGUUGAAGUUGCAAUUCACAAAAGCACAAUUCAGUCCAAUGCAAACUCCCUUUCUGGAACCAUUACGGUUUCCAUCAACGCAUACCAAGGCCUCUCCCUCAAGAAGCGCCACACCCGCGACUUCACCAUGAUCGAUGCUUAA